GCAGGUGUUUGGUGUUGAUGACAGUGUGCCUCGGGCUCAUGUGUGUUCUUCUGCUGGUCUUCAUCACACUGUACAUCACCAUCACAGCAGAGAGAGACCUGUUAAAGAACACAGUUGAAGAGUUCACUCACACUAUAAACAGAUUACAGGACAAGAACACUGAUCUAAUGACUGAAAAAGACCAACUGAAGAACAACGUCAGCUCUUUGAGUCAGAAGAAACUAGAGUUAGAGACUAGAGUCAUGUCUUUGAAAGAGGAACUGAAGAGAGAAGUGUCUAAACAAGGUUUUUUCUUCAUAUCUAGUGAGUCGAUGAGCUGGCCUGAGAGCAGGCAGUACUGCACAGAUCGAGGAGCUGAUCUGGUCAUUAUCAACACUGAAGAGAAGCAGAGGUGCAUAACUUCAUUAGCCAAGGAGAGAGUGUGGAUUGGUUUGACUGACUCUGAUACUGAGGGGAUCAUGAAAUGGGUGGAUAAAUCACCACUGAAACAAGGGUUUUGGUUCAAAGGUGAGCCGAAUAACUAUACUGUAAAUGAGGACUGCGUUGAAGUGAUGCCUACAAAAGACCCUGUGAACAACUGGAAUGAUCAUUCCUGCUCUGAGAAGAGGAAGGGGAUUUGUGUUGUAGCGAAGUUCCCCUCCAUCCUCCCCACCACCACCAGGAUGGCUCCCGUCCAUUCAUUCGGGGGAAGAAAGAGGCACCUGCCUCUAUCUUAA